GUUUGUUGUUUGUACGGCAAAUUUCGCUAUCGUAAAUCGUAAUAUUUUAUCUAUUUGUUAACCUAUACUCGUCGUGCUGUCAGUGUCAUUUUCCUGCCGGGUUAGAAGUGAAAGGUACUUGUAUAUUUUCGUUCAUGAUUUUUUGAAUUAAAAUCAAAAUGGCAUUAAUUUAUACAAAUGAAAAUAAUCCGGCGACUUUAAAACUUAUAAUAGCCAAAAACGUGGCUAAACGUCCAGUUGAUUUGAAAAUAGUGACCACUAAUGAUAGUUCUAUUCCGCAACCUAAGCAUUUACCUUAUAUAGAAAUAGAAAAUCAACAAACAUUAUUUUCUGUAAAUUCUGCAAUAUGCUAUUUUGUUCCUACAACUAGUGAUAACUUCGAAGAAGUUUACAAUUUACUAGAGUGGGAAGCUACUGGAUUGUCACCACAAUUGGCACAUUUGCUAGGGGGUUCUUCAAAAAAUGAAAAAAUUAAAAGUUCUGUACAGUCUGCAUUACAAUUUUUCAAUGAGUAUUUGCAGAACAAGAAUUUUUUGGUUAAGAAUAAAUUAACUGCUGCAGAUAUAGCUAUCUGGGGCACAUUAUAUCCCCUCAGCAUUUGUCCAAAAAAUUCAAAGGAAUAUCUUUCACAGUAUGCCAAUAUUAUAAACUGGAUUGCAUCAUUAGGAAGUCAGCCAGACUUCAAGGCUGCAGUGGAUACUUACAAACUAGACCCCUCCUCAGCCUACAAUGCUUUGCUUGUUGGUGCUAAAUAUCUUUCAAUAUCCGACGAAGUCGAAAAACAAAGGAAAUACCUUCUCCGCAUCAAGAAAAAGAAGCGGCAGUGGAAGCUGUUACCCCAGAGGAACUGGAAAAAUGCAAAAAGUCGUGGAAAAAAAGUAUUAAGGAUUUACCAAAGUUGAAAAGUAGUAAGGGGCCAAUAACGCCAGUACCUGGAGAGAAGAACGUUCUGAUCACCUCGGCUUUACCCUACGUUAAUAACGUGCCCCAUUUGGGCAACAUUAUCGGCUGUGUAUUAUCUGCAGAUGUCUUUGCUCGUUUUUCAAGAUUGUGCAAUAACAAUACUGUCUAUAUUUGUGGGACUGACGAAUAUGGAACAGCUACAGAAACGAAAGCUCUCGAAGAAGGCUUGAGCUGUCGAGAAAUUUGUGAUAAGUACCAUAAAAUCCAUAAGGAAAUUUAUGAAUGGUUUAAUAUUAGUUUUGACUAUUUUGGAAGAACGUCUGAACCACAGCAAACACAGAUUGUCCAAGACAUGUUCUUUACCCUCAACAACAACGGUUUCAUGUUCACACAAUCAGUGGAACAACUCCACUGUCAACAAUGCAACAAAUUCUUGGCUGAUCGAUUCGUGGAAGGUGGUUGUCCGAAUGUUGGUUGUAAUUAUGAGGAUGCUAGAGGUGACCAAUGUGAUGGUUGUGGAAAACUAGUCAAUGCCGUGGAAUUGAAAAAUCCCCGGUGUAAAAUAUGUAACAACACCCCUGUUUUGAAGUGCUCUGAUCAAUUCUACAUUGAUUUACCCAAGCUGGAACCUUUGCUGUAUCAUUGGAUAAAAUUGAGAAAUUCUGGCUGGUCGCACAACUCGCAAGUAAUAGCCAAAGCCUGGUUAAAAGAAGGUCUUAAACCACGAUGUAUUACCCGAGAUCUAAAAUGGGGCGUUCCCGUACCUCUCGACGGUUUUCGAGAAAAAGUAUUCUACGUUUGGUUCGAUGCACCUUUAGGGUACAUUUCGAUCACUAAAGCUUACACGGAAGAUUAUAAAAAAUGGUGGACACCGGCAAAAGGAGAAGAAGUCACCUUGUAUCAGUUUAUGGCCAAAGAUAACGUACCUUUCCAUUCCGUUUUGUUUCCUGCUAUGCUCUUGGGUGCCAACAAGGGUUAUGUUACUGUUAAUCAUCUAAUGGCUACAGAAUACUUAAAUUAUGAAGAUGGUAAAUUUUCGAAAUCUAGAGGUGUGGGAGUAUUUGGAACAGACGCUCAAAGUACAGGAAUUCCAAGUGACGUAUGGAGAUUUUAUUUACUCUACGUCAGACCGGAAUCUCAAGAUUCCAGUUUUAGUUGGACCGAUCUGGUUACUAAGAAUAAUUCCGAAUUGUUAAAUAAUUUAGGAAACUUCAUUAACAGGGCGUUAGUGUUUGCCAAAAACAACUACAAAGGAAUGGUACCUGAAAUAAAUCCCACCGAAGAAGACUUCCAUCUGUUGGCCUUAUGUACCAGAGAACUGAAAGGUUACGUAGAAUCUUUGGAAAAGUCUAAAUUGCGUGAUGGAAUUAGGCAUAUUCUAUCGAUAUCCAGACUUGGUAAUCAAUACAUGCAAUCGAAUCAACCGUGGGUGUUACUGAAAGGUUCCGACGAUGAAAAAUUGCGUGCUGGAACCGUGAUUGGCAUCUGUUGUAAUUUGUCAUGUUUGAUAGCCACGCUGUUACAACCAUAUAUGCCUGAAACCAGUGAGAAUUUGAAGAAGCAAUUGAAUACAUCUAACAUUGUUUUGAUUCCUAGCAAUCCAGAAAUAGUUACCAUGCUUCCAGCAGGUCACAAAUUAGGAGAACCUUCUCCGUUGUUUGCCAAAAUUGAACCAAGCGUUGCAGAAGAGUUGAAGAAAAAAUUCGCAGGCAAACAACAAUCUAAAGAAAGCAGUCCGAGCGGAGAUUUAAAAAGCGCCGGAGAUCUAGAAGCAGCAGUAGCUAGUCAGGGUGAUAAGGUGAGGCAACUGAAAUCAAGCGGUGCUGAUAAAUCAGUCUGGCAACCCGAGGUAAAAAUCUUGUUGGAUUUAAAAAAACAGUUGGAAGCAUUAAAAAUUAAUUCUGCUCCUAAUUCCGCACCUACUAAAACUGACGUUGUAGAUUCUAAUGCAGCACAGAAGAUUGAAGAAGAAGUGGCCAAGCAGGCUUUGGUUGUAAGAAAAUUGAAAGAAGGCGGAGCAGCAAAGUCCGUGUGGCAACCAGAAGUAGACAAACUAUUGGCUUUGAAAAAACAAUUGGCUUCGGCAAGCGGUGCCCCAGUGGCUGCUACCCAGAAAAGCAAAAAAAGCAAGAAAUAAGAAUAAAAGUAAUAUAAGUUGAUAAAUAAAAGUAUUUCGUGAUCUGGUUAGAAAAAAUAUAUUUAUUUUCUUUUUUC